GGAGAGGCUUGGUCCACCACUGCCUCCUUAUCCUUCUGGUGGUCCUGCGACCCCGGCAUGUCGGGGCUCGUCCGUGGCAAGCACGGGGAUUAGGUAGGCAGGCAGGCAAGGGCCAGCACCCAGCCCUGGCAGCUCCCACUGCACUGGUCGUGGUGAGGCUCGGCCGGGUGAGCCGCAGCCAGCUCUGCAGGCAGUGGGACGCACAGGGGGCUGCAGCCACUGCGGGGCUGCAAGCCGUCCCUAGAGCUAGCCCUGUGCAGCCCUCCCCCCGGAAAACCUUCCUAGGUUAAAAGAAGUAGAUCACGACAUCUGAUGGAAACGUGCUUGAUUACAGCUGUGCCUGUAGCCGGUGGCCACCCGAUUUGGCCUGAUCCUGAGCCAAAUCUUGUCCCGGAGCCUCAGGGCAAUCCCACAGGUGUGGCCGGAGGUGAUGGAUAUCCAGCUUCCUGGCUGGGUUCCAUGGCUGACACUCAGGGAGAUCACAUGGAUGUGGGUACAGGGAGGGCUCUUCCAGCUUCUCAACUGGAUCCUGCGCUGGGGCUCACCUGGCACCACAGGGGUCCUCCAGAAGCAAAGUAUAAAGAUGAAAUAGGAGAAUCUUCACAGGGGUCAUCAGAAGUUCUAAGGGAAAUCCUGACAGACUUGGAUGAAGCAGCACAUGAGGUGAACCGUGAGACCAUGGAGGCGCUUCAGGAAGGCGACAGGCGGGGAGUUCCAGCCUCUGGUGGAAGAAUGGGGGCAUAUUCGUCAGUAGACGAGCCAGGUGUGGAUGACAAGAAAAACCCAAAUGCUGCAGAUCAGAAUGAAUUCCGCAAGCUCUGCACAGAAGGCAUCAUGGUGGUCUUGGGCUCUAUGCUGCUUGGGAUGGUAUUUUGCUGUGUGAUCCAUCUGUGGAGGAAGAGAAGACGGCGCAUCGCUGCAGCUUCAGCAUCUCAGGCCGACAUCAGCAGACGCACCUCAGACAUGGGGAGCUGGAUUCCCCGCUCCAACCCCUCUGAGGCCUGGACCCAACAGCCGUCGCCCGUGCCUGCAAAACUGCCUCGCCAGCCACGGGGCCGCCCGCCUCGCCCGCCUCCACCACAGGUCCCAUGGCUGUCCAACUCAGCCAGUCGGGUGCUGCAGGACCAGUACAGCAGCCUCGACUACCCCGAGACAGAGGAACCACCCCCCCGACCCCCAAAGCCAGUGCCCCGAUCAAGGGUCUGAGGCAGCUCCACGAGGCUACAGAUUUGGGGUACACCAAAAACACCCCUGUCUUGGUGGGCAGAGACUCCCGGCGCACCCAGCGCUGUUUGCUUGCCUUUAUUUAUUUAAUAAAUUCUAAAAAUCCUA